UCUCAACUGAGGCAGAUUAUGGUUUUACUGCAGGAGCCAUUGCCUUCCUUGUCAUCAACGCUUUCCUUAUGCUGAUUGCUGCUUAUAGAAACCUGGUUCUUCUGUUCCUGACAACACUGAUGGAGGUGGUUCUUGUUUGCUUCCUUCUCUCCACCCUGAACAAGCUGCCAUAUAAACUUGAAAUUGCUAUGCUUGCAUUGGUGUCUCUCAUUUGCAUAUAUGGCACUUUUGCGUCACUGAUAAACUUCAUGUUCUCACAAAGAGUGUUGCCAAUGGGCCCUCCUCUCUUUAAGGAAAAAAUGAAGUCAGAAAUAUCUGAGGAGCUUCCCUGUCCGGUGGCAAGCUCUCACCUCACAAGUGGCCUCUUAAAAAUUGCUCAGCUUCUGGAAGAGGGAGGCGUGUGUGGUAUUCCCACAGACACUGUGUACGCUCUGGCGGCUUCCUGCAAGAAUCCCCAGGCUAUAGAGAAAAUCUACAACAUUAAGGACCGGCCAGCAGAGAAGCCUAUAUGCAUUUGCAUUUCUAGUGUAGAGCAGCUGGUGGCAGCCAAGCCUCCAUUCAGCCCUCUGCUGUGGGAGUUCAUGAGGAACGUUUAUCCAGGAGGCAUCAGCUGCAUCGUGAGCAAAGGAGACUGGCUACUUCAACUUGGAGUUGGAGCAGCUUACGACCGCGUUGGCACCAGGGACAGCAUCAUGAUCCGUGUUCCUGACCACACGGUGACUUGCCACUUGUGUGACAUGACUGGACCCCUCGCUAUUACAUCUGCCAAUCCCAGUGGAGAACCAGACAGCACCCACCACAGUAUGAUCAUCAAUCGACUGGGGCACAAGAUCCAGGGGGUUCUCUGUGAUGGUGACUCAAAUGAAGUUAUUGGUUCCACUGUGGUCAACUGUCUGAGGAUUGAUGAAGGAACCAUCAACAUUGUCAGGGAGGGCUGCGUUCCUGCAGCAAAGGUUCAGCAGAUCUUUGACAGAGUGAAAGGCACUAUGUUGUGAUUAUCAACUUCUGAAAUGUUUUAUUUUACUUUGACAAGUUUAGCUACUUCAUUAGUUAUGUGUUUUUUCAGUUUCUAUGUAAACUUAUGUGAGUUUAAAGCAUAUUACAAUGAAAUAUUGGACAGCUGUUCUGCACUGUUGCUCCAAAAGAUUU